AUGAAGAGUUCUCAGCUGAGAUUCUCAGACCUGGUGUGGUUCCAGCGAACCGACAAUGGCGAAGCUCUUCCUGAAUCCAUCCCCUCAGCUCCCGGGACACUGCCUCAUUUCGUAGAGGAGCCAGAUGAUGCUUACAUCAUCAAGAGCAACCCCAUUGCACUCAGGUGCAAAGCGAGGCCAGCCAUGCAGAUAUUCUUCAAAUGCAACGGCGAGUGGGUCCACCAGAAUGAGCACGUCUCUGAGGAGAGUCUAGAUGAGAGCUCAGGCUUGAAGGUCCGGGAGGUGUUCAUCAAUGUCACCAGGCAGCAGGUGGAGGACUUCCACGGGCCGGAGGACUACUGGUGCCAGUGCGUGGCAUGGAGCCACCUGGGCACCUCCAAGAGUCGGAAGGCUUCAGUGCGCAUAGCCUAUUUACGGAAAAACUUUGAGCAAGACCCACAAGGAAGGGAGGUCCCCAUCGAGGGCAUGAUCGUGCUGCACUGCCGCCCGCCCGAGGGAGUCCCUGCUGCAGAGGUGGAAUGGCUGAAAAAUGAGGAGCCCAUCGAUUCUGAGCAAGAUGAGAACAUUGACACAAGGGCUGACCACAACCUAAUCAUCCGGCAGGCACGGCUCUCUGACUCGGGGAAUUACACCUGCAUGGCGGCCAACAUAGUGGCUAAGAGAAGAAGCCUGUCGGCCACUGUGGUGGUCUACGUGAAUGGAGGCUGGUCUUCCUGGACAGAGUGGUCAGCCUGCAAUGUUCGCUGUGGUAGAGGAUGGCAGAAACGUUCCCGGACCUGCACCAACCCAGCUCCUCUCAAUGGUGGGGCCUUUUGUGAGGGAAUGUCAGUGCAGAAAAUAACCUGCACUUCUCUUUGUCCUGUGGAUGGGAGCUGGGAAGUGUGGAGUGAGUGGUCAGUCUGCAGCCCAGAGUGCGAGCAUCUUCGAAUCCGAGAGUGCACGGCACCACCCCCGAGGAACGGGGGCAAGUUCUGCGAAGGACUCAGCCAGGAAUCUGCAAACUGCACAGAUGGGCUCUGCAUUCUAGAUAAAAAACCUCUUCAUGAAAUAAAACCCCAAAGAUGGAGUAGGAGAGGCAUCGAGAAUGCCAGUGACAUCGCUCUCUAUUCAGGCCUGGGUGCCGCAGUCGUCGCUGUUGCAGUCCUGGUCAUUGGAGUCACCCUUUACAGACGGAGCCAGAGCGACUACGGAGUGGAUGUCAUUGACUCUUCUGCAUUGACAGGUGGCUUCCAGACCUUCAACUUCAAAACAGUCCGUCAAGGUAACUCCCUGCUCCUGAAUCCUGCCAUGCAGCCGGACCUGACAGUGAGCCGGACGUACAGUGGCCCCAUCUGCCUACAGGACCCACUAGACAAGGAACUCAUGACAGAGUCCUCACUCUUCAACCCUCUGUCGGACAUCAAAGUCAAGGUCCAGAGCUCCUUCAUGGUUUCCCUGGGAGUAUCUGAGAGAGCCGAGUACCCGGGCAAGAAUCACUCGGGGACCUUUCCCCAUGGAAACAACCGUGGCUUUAGUACGGUGCAUCCCAGGAACAAAACACCCUACAUCCAAAACCUGUCAUCGCUCCCCACAAGGACAGAGCUGAGGACAACAGGUGUCUUUGGCCACUUAGGGGGGCGCUUAGUCAUGCCAAAUACAGGGGUGAGUUUACUUAUACCACAUGGAGCCAUUCCAGAGGAGAAUUCUUGGGAGAUUUACAUGUCCAUCAACCAGGGAGAACCCAGCCUGCAGUCCGAGGGGUCUGAGGUCCUCCUGAGUCCAGAAGUCACCUGCGGCCCUCCCGACAUGGUCGUCACCACCCCCUUUGCCCUGACCAUCCCUCACUGCGCAGACGUCAGCUCCGAGCACUGGAACGUCCACCUAAAGAAGCGGACUCAGCAGGGCAAGUGGGAGGAAGUGAUGUCAGUGGAGGAUGAAUCCACAUCCUGUUACUGCCUUCUGGAUCCUUUUGCCUGUCAUGUGCUCCUUGAUAGCUUUGGGACCUAUGCCCUUACAGGAGAGCCAAUCACAGACUGUGCUGUGAAGCAACUCAAGGUGGCAGUCUUUGGCUGUAUGUCCUGUAACUCUCUGGAUUACCAUUUGAGAGUUUACUGUGUGGAUAACACCCCUUGUGCAUUUCAGGAAGUGGUUUCAGACGAAAGGCAUCAAGGAGGACAGCUACUGGAGGAACCGAAGUUGCUGCACUUCCAAGGGAACACCUUCAGCCUCCAGAUCUCCGUCCUUGACAUCCCUCCGUUCCUCUGGAGGAUUAAACCAUUCACUGCAUGCCAGGAAGUCCCAUUCUCUCGCGUGUGGUGCAGUAACCGACAGCCCCUGCACUGUGCCUUCUCCCUGGAGCGCUACACGCCCACUACCACGCAGCUGUCCUGCAAAAUCUGCAUCCGGCAGCUCAAAGGCCAUGAACAGAUCCUCCAAGUGCAGACAUCCAUCCUAGAGAGUGAACGAGAAACCAUCACUUUCUUUGCACAAGAGGACAGUGCUUUCCCUGCACAGACUGGCCCCAAAGCCUUCAAAAUCCCCUACUCCAUCAGACAGCGCAUUUGUGCUACGUUUGACACUCCCAAUGCCAAAGGCAAAGACUGGCAGAUGUUAGCACAGAAAAACAGCAUCAACAGGAAUUUAUCUUAUUUUGCUACACAAAGUAGCCCAUCUGCUGUCAUUUUGAACCUGUGGGAAGCUCGUCAUCAGCACGAUGGUGACCUUGACUCCCUGGCCUGUGCCCUUGAAGAAAUUGGGAGGACACACACGAAACUCUCCAACAUUACAGAAUCCCAGCUUGAUGAAGCCGACUUCAACUACAGCAGGCAAAAUGGACUCUAGUCGACUUCGCUCAUGAGGCAGAAGGAUGGCCAGCUUUGGGACAUUGCUUUAAAUGGGAAAGAAAGAGGCAGCUUUCUACCCAACAGCAUUUGGGAAAUUCAGCCUUUAUGAUCAGUGAGAUACCCUGGUUGAAGAAACUGAAAUCUGUAGAGGUGAAAGAUGUUAGUAGGGAACAGUACAAGCUCGUGCAGACACAGGAGAGUUGCACUGUCUCCUCUGAAGCCACACACUGGUUAACAUUAGCUGCCAUCCUCAGGUUUGGAGUGGCAAGGAUAGGAGUGAGGGCGUAUCUACCCUGAAGUAGCUGUGGGAAGAGAUGAGCUGUGAGAAGCCGGGAAGGCAGGAAUUGAUGAAGUGCAUGUUCUGAAACAGGUUUUGAAUGAUGUGCUUGCUCCCUAGGACCAGCUGAUACCGGUACCAGGCUGUCAAGAGUUUUCUACCAACUGGCAUCUCUGAAUUUGGGAAUCAUUGUAAAACUGGUUUUUAGAAGUGAGACGGGGUUGCCAUCCCGUGUGUAUCACUUCACCAGUGUCAAGGAGGGCGUAUAGAAUUUAGAAUCUGAAUCUAUCGCACCAGCACCAAUUUCCUGUCUAUCCUAGCCACUUGGAGACAAAACUGAAAAAUAAGAUAGACCACAAACUAAUUCUUGUAGUAGACCUCACCUUCUUUUUUUCCCAGAGACAAACGCACUCAUGUCUUUUCAUCUUUCUUUACCCAUCGGAGUAGAAAGAGUCAAGGGAACAUAGUGAGACCUUUUGAUAUGAAAAUAGAUUUCAUCUGACUUGACACGAGAAUCCCUGUUCCCAGACUAACACUCAAACUGCAGAAUGCCAUUAGAAGACAGCUUCUCACAUGGAUAUGGAGAUAGCAAAGGCCUAGCCGGGUCUAAGGAUACAUAUGAACGACAGUGCCACAGUUCUUAAAUAAGGGGUCACUCUGGGAAACAAGUCGAUCCAGUUUAACAGCAGUUUUGUGAUCAGGGAGUGAGGAGUUGUCCUCCGCUUCCCAGCUCAAGUUCUAGAAAUGUUCCCACCUUUUGGUUCUAAGUCAUCACAAAAUCUCUCAGUAGAGCUGUAGGUCAUCUUCCUCUUGCCUCGUGGGGAAUUAGCAGAGAGUCUUUGCUCUGAGCGACACCUGAGGAAAGAGACUGAAGGGAUCCCUCCACCCGGGUGUCCCGGGAACCACAUGCAUCCUGCCAGGAGCUUUCCAGCCCUGGCUGCUCUUCUUCACCGCAUAGUUUUUCUCUGUAGAACUAUUUCACUCUAUAAUUCUUUUUUAAAAGAGGAGGCAGUGAUAUUAUAGAGAAUUAAAAUUCACAGACAAUUCUCGACACUCAGCACUUGACUUCACUGUUUUGCCCUAGUCAGUUAUUUUUGACAAGGUGUCCUGGUAGGCUGAAGACAAACACGCUACUGCUCAUCAGCGGCUGGAUGUUUCCAGGGGCAGACCACAAUCAGGACAACCAAAGUCAAGAAUCGAGAUUAGAAGGCAGCUGAUCAGCUACUCAGAGGCUGGCUACAUUCGAAUAGAAUAAAAGUAGUCAGGGAAUGAGGGAAAUAAAGAGCACUUGACAACAGGCAUAGAAUCAAUUUUUUAAAAUUUUGUAGAUCCCUUGCUUUAAAAAAAGAAAAAGGCAUAUUGUGAAUCUCCUCCCAAGUGGAAAAAGACCUGAAGACAAGCUGAAUUUAUGCUCCCAUGGAUAAGCAUUGAAAAUGUCUUCAAUGCCUUGGCCAUUUCCUCUAACUAAUGUGUGGUAUAUGUGGUCCCCUGGGUUAGAUAAAAGGCUUUGCUAGAUGUAACUCAAAAGCAUCUUGCUUUUCUCAGGAACCAAAGGCUUAUUACAUAGAAUAAACAAAUCAUCUUAGAACCAUCGAGCACAUUUGCAAGGCAUCAUCCCUAGGUCAGGAGAAUACCCUUUUGCUAAUGUGCUCCACUUGUUCCUUUCUUCCAGGGAACAACUCAGAGGCAGUAUGAGAAGAUCAGUCACUUGACAUUACCAGUGUGACUUUUGAGGGAAAGAGGCGGAAAUGGAUGGCCGGUCACGAUACACUGGAGAGUUGACGGGCCUGACUAGGGCAGAUGAAGCCUGCAUUAAUCUGUGGAGGAAUAAUCAGUUUAAAGCACAGGACACAACUUAUGUUAACAUACACCUUGGAGGAUUCUGUUUCAAGUCAUCUUACAAAUUUUGUUCUCUUUCCUUCUAGUUGGCCUUAUAACCAUUUCAUGUAUUCUGUGACUCCACACAGGCUCUUUGAAGAAUUUUUGUCUUUUUUGCUUUAAGGAGAUAAAAAAAAAAAAUUUAAGUGAUUUCCCUUGGAACCUAUCUGUAUUAGUUUAAAAUGAGAUAAGAUGAUUGUUAAUCCCUGAAUGUAUGGAAUUUCCCCCACUUCGGGGGUUCGUCUUUUGGUCUGGAUUCAUCAACAAACUUGGUCAUCACAUCUCAAAGAGUAACAGAGGGAGAGGUUAAUAGGAUUCGCCUCGGAUUUCAGUCCAAGGUUCAUUCAAAUUCAUCUUCCUGUUCAUAUUUUUCCUUUACAUUUCUGUCUUCUACAGUUAUACUACAUAGGGUUUCUAUGUUAAUGUAUGAGAUUCUGUUGUCGUUAAAUAUUAAGACUGUGCAGUGUUAUACCAUAGAACUGCAGAGAACUCAUGUUUGUGAGAUUUGUAGAUCAAGGUGUACAUGUGGGGGAAGGGACUGCGGGUCAGCUAAAGUCUUAAUUCACUCCUGGACUCACGGUUAUUUACUGUGACCCAAAGCUUUUUCUAUGAAAUUAACCUGUCAUAACACAAAUACCUCUCUUGAAAGAUAUUUACUCAUUAGUUGAAGCACUUAAUUUGGAAGUCUUACGGUCUGAGGGCAAAAUGAAGCAUAAAGUAAAAGUGGCCCUAAAUACUUCACAGGUUGGUUUUUCGGAACAUCCCACUUAAUGCCACAUCUCUCAGUGCUCAAAGACAUUUCAGUCUAACACUCAUGCGUUUAAGUCUAAACAGCAUGCCACCAAAUUGGCACAAUUCACAGCUUUGCCAGACGACAGCAUCAUAAAGCUAAUUUUCAGUCUUUACAACAUUGCUUGUACAGUCUUACUGGUUUACAUUACAAUCCUUUAAGCCAAAAGGAAGCUCGCUGUAUAGAAUUAAAUGCAAACUUCAUUUAUCAGUGCAGGAAGUCUCAUAAAAUUCAGAUGUACUCCCACAAAAAUUUUAUUGGCCUUUUUGUAAAAGAUAAAAAGGAAUUGACAGUUCUCUUUCAAGGGGGAACUUUUCUCUAUUUUUAUUCUCAGUACAGAGGUUAUCCUUUUGACAUGGUUCUCAUAUUUCACUUGGCUUUAAGAGGGAAUGUUAAAUCAUACCACUAAAACAAGAUUCUCUUUGGAUUAAAGUCCUGGAUUUACUGCAGUUAUUUUGCUUGAUAAAAAUUCUCAACACCAGGAUUGAUAAACAAAGGUAGAUAGUAACAUGUUGUAAUAGGUAUUAGAUAAUGUUUCUCUACUUGCCAACUUCUGGCAAAUUUACCAGUGAAUUCCACAGUAUUAUAAAAUCUCUUGAAAUGUAUUUGUUUUUUCCUUUUAGCCAUUUUCUCUUCAAUUUCUUGGUCUCUCUGCCCUCUGUGACUGUGUUGAAUGACCUAGCUGUCAGAUGUGCUGAAGAUGAUGUUCCCUGAGGUCUCUGUUUCAGCUCAGUAAAGGUUGCAGGAAGCAGGAAGUUGCUGAGCAGCGUGCCUGUCUGGCCCACUGUGUGGCCCAUUUUCAUUCUGUUUCCUCAUGAAACAUUGCAACGUUUGAAUCCGUAGUAGCUCCCCAUUGACUGGACUCGAGGUGACAGCCACAGCAAAUGGGAGAGCAAAAUGUUGGCCUGCAGAUGGUGAAAAAUUUUUCUUAGCCUUUUGGUGUUUGUUGCCAUAGCGUCGUAUUUGAAAAUUGAUGCUUUAGCCAACAGCUGAAUGGCCACCGUUUCUGUAGUCUCCACAAUGUGUCCGCAUAGACUUUUUCCUGAACUACAAGCAAAAACGUAUUUUGUCAAAUGUUACAAAAGUGAAAACGUUACUAAUCUUAGAUGUGUUGCAUAUUUUGUGUUUCUCCUUUCCAAACUCUUUCAAAAGCUGCAGUUACAAAGCUGUUUGGCUGUAUCGACAGCAUGUGGUGUGUUUUGCAAAAGCAGUUCUAGGAGAGCCAGGGUUUCUGUGGACUCCUCGCAUCCCCAUUCCAGGGUCAUCUACAGAAUUAAAUCGGCAACUUAGAAUGCUGUCAUUUUUCAAAAGAUAAAAGGGGAUGGAAACUAGACCUGGCUGUUAGUCACUAGUGUGUAGUACUGUGAUCUGAAGUAGGAAAUUUAACUCACAUAGAAUAAUUGUGGUUUUUGAAGCAGCUACUCAUUGCUUUUUCCUUUUGCUAUUAAGAUCAUGGAUUUGGAAUGUCCUCAUGAGGUGGGCCUAAGACAGUAACAUUUGAACUUCAUGUCUUGGAACCUAACCCCAACUGAACCCAAAGAUUAAAAAGGGAGUAAGCUUCAUGUUUAGGCCUAAGCUUAAAAAUUUCCUUCCCUACCCCUACUAUUUUAUUUAGUGGGGAUUAUGUCUUUUGUUUCUGGAAAUUUAUAGUUUUGAUCACAGAAUAUGUCAUUGAAAUUGGUAACAUAGUUCUUUGCAUGAGUGGAAAUAUGUAUCAAAAUUAUUUUACAAAAGACCUGAUUACAAUGAAAAUGCCCUUUUCCCUCUCACAUUUUGCUAAUGGUACAAAAGCGUUUCAUUUAAAUCAAGCAUUAUUUACAUCCAAAUUCCCAUUGUAAACAAUUUAUUCGGUUCCCCAAAAUCUUACUAUCUAUGGCAGGAAGAGAUUUAAUUAUGGUUCUGGUGAGUCACCAAAGGACAGAUGACAUUUGAGAGAUAAGUAGAACACCAUGCCUUAUGACUCACCUUGAUAACACAGACAUUCCAAAAAGAACUGGAUCUAAUAGAGCCAGGGAUUUAGCUAAAUGGUGCAGCCGCCUGCCUUGCAAGUGCAAGGUCCUGAGUUUGAUUCCUGGUACCCCCCCCAAAAAAAAAGAAAAGGAAAGGAAUUGGAUCUAGUAGUUCUAUUAUGGUGCAUUUCACCAGUUCUGACAGCACUGAGAGGGAGACCACAGGAUGAUCUCUGAAAACCACCCUUCAGGAGCAUCCUGGAGGCUCAUCCUAAGGCACCAGGCUCCCACUCCACACUUCUCUGCAAUUCACUCAAACUGCCGGAAUUUCUGGUCGGGAUCACAACUCCUUCCUUCUACAAAAUGGAAUCAAGACAGAGUUUCUGUCCUUCACAAUUGUAUCUGAUGCACUCCAGUCUUGACCUAGAAAUCUGGCAAACAUAAGCCAGUAGGCGAAAGUUGGCUUAUUUUCCUAACCCAAAUUCACACAUACAAAAAAUUAGUUCUUGUGUACCUCCAAUUCUGUAUGAAAGAAUUUAAAACAGAUUUCAUUUUGUUCUGUUUAUUUUGGGAAGGUACCUGGGGGUGUUCUUGCUAGUGAUUCAUAUCCCAACCCAUACCACUCUCAACUUUUACUUGAUGUGUUCAAAGCCAAAACAAGUAAGUACAAUUUGAAAAGCAGGGCUGAACACUAAAUUUGACAUGAAGCUGAAGGAGUGAGCAAGCCAGAGAAGAGUUUGAAUAAAGCAUGGCCUUGGCUUCAUACCACACUUUUUGUGCCUUGUAUUAUCAAUGUAUAUUCUGAAUGUUGUACAGUAAACGCGGAUGGACUUCUUAGAGAAGGCUGCCCUGGCUUCUUUUCAGCACAUGUACAGAUCUAUAAAUAUAUAUACAUAUAUAUUUGGUAAUGCCAAACAGCUGUUAUAUUGUACUGAACAAAAUGGACGGUUUGGAUGUUUUAUGUAGAGUUUGCAAAAAAAAAAAAAAAAAAACUGGAUGGUUACAGACUUUUCAAGAUAAAUGUACAGAAGUAAAU